AUGAAGGACAUCAGUAAUGACCCAAAAGCAUUAAGAAAACUAAGAACAUCAUGUGAGAGAGCAAGACGAAAUCUUUCUUCAAGAGCCGAAACCACCAUCGAGAUUGAUUCUUUAUUCGAGGGUAUCGACUUCCACUCUAAAAUAACAAGAGCAAAAUUUGAAGAGCUCAACAUAGAUCUCUUUAGAGAAUGCAUGAAGACUGUGGAGAAAUGUAUAGGGGAUGCUAAGAUGGAUAUGAAUAGUAUUCAAGAUAUUGUUCUUGUUGGUGGAUCUAGUAGAAUUCCCAAGGUGCAACAGCUAUUGCGUGACUUCUUUAAUGGUAAGGAGCUUUGCAAGAGUAUCAAUCCUGAUGAAUCAGUUGCAUAUGGCGCUGCAGUACAAGCUGCAAUUUUGCAGGGUGGUAUUGAGAAGGUGCAAGACUUACUCUUGUUGGAUGUAACUCCCCAUUCCAUUGGUUUAGAGACUCACACAGGAGAAUUUUUGGUUUUUAUCCCAAAAAACACUACCAUUCCCACCAAGAAAACUAUAUAUUCCACAACUAUCGAAAAUAACCAACCUGCUUUGGUAGUUCCUGUGUAUGAGGGCGAAGAAAAAAUAGCCAAAAACAAUAAAUUGCUGGGUGAUUUAAUGCUUGAUGGUAUUACUCGUGGUCCAAAAGGUAAACCUAAAAUCAUUAUUUGUUUUGAGAUCGAUGCCAAUGGAAUUAAUGGUAAAAGGAGGUAA